GAUGGCGCGCACACUCUUUUCAUAUAAACGACAAUGCGUAUCAGCGUUUCCAAUGUCAGAAUCUAGGGCAUUUUAGAUGCAUACAAGUUAGCGCAUGACUCUUCCCUUUUCUGCGUUUAAGGGGCGAAAAUAGUGCAGAAUCGGACGACAACCGACACGAGAAAAUAAAGGCUCCACCGUUUAAAAUGGUAUCAUCUGAACUCUCUAAUCUCACCCACAACAACUCUCCCAUGGCGAAUUCGAAGCACAGAAACAAAAGCUCCUCCCUUUUCCUCUCCGACGGUUUCCUCUUCCUCGCAGGAGCAUUCUCCGCUCUCAUCCUCGUGUGGGGCCUCUCCUCCUUCACCACCCCCAUCGCCAACGACCCCCCCAAUUUCCAAACCCUAAACGACGCCGUUUCAACCCAAUUCGACCCUCCCGACCCUACCUUCUACGACGACCCCAAAGUGGGUUACACCAUGGACAACAAAGUCCGCAACUGGGACGAGAAGCGCCAGGACUGGUUAAAGCUUCACCCCUCGUUGGCCGCCGGAGCGCCGGAGAGGAUUGUGAUGGUGACAGGGUCUCAGCCGGCGCCGUGCCGGAACCCUAUCGGCGACCACCUUCUCUUAAGAUUCUUCAAGAACAAGGUGGACUACUGCAGACUCCACGGGUACGAUAUUUUCUACAACAACGCACUCCUGCAGCCCAAGAUGUUGGCGUAUUGGGCCAAGUACCCCGUGGUGCGGGCCGCCAUGAUGGCCCACCCCGAGGCCGAGUGGAUCUGGUGGGUGGACUCCGACGCCUUGUUCACCGACAUGGACUUCAAGCUCCCUCUUAGCCGUUACAAGCAACACAACCUGGUGGUUCACGGGUGGGCCCACCUCAUACACGACAAGAGAAGCUGGACGGGCCUCAACGCCGGCGUCUUUUUAAUUAGAAACUGCCAGUGGUCGUUGGACUUCAUGGACUCCUGGGCCAGCAUGGGCCCACAGACUCCCAACUACGACAAGUGGGGCGAGACGCUGCGGUCGACUUUCAAAGACAAGUUCUUCCCGGAGUCAGACGAUCAGACGGGCCUGGCGUAUCUGAUCGCCAUCGAGAAGGAGAAAUGGGCGGACAGGAUUUAUCUGGAGAGCGAGUACUAUUUCGAGGGGUACUGGGAGGAGAUUCUGGGAACGUUCCCUAACAUAAGCGCCAAGUACGAGGAAAUCGAAAAGGGUGUGCGCAGGUUAAGGAGGCGUCACGCGGAGAAGGUGAGCGAAGGGUAUGCUGAGAUGCGGGAGGAGUAUUUGAAGGACGCUGGGUUCGGCAAAGGGAGUUGGAGGAGGCCCUUCAUCACGCACUUCACUGGCUGCCAACCCUGUAGCGGCAAAUACAAUGCCAUGUAUUCCGCUCAGGAUUGCUGGAACGGAAUGCAAAAGGCUUUCAAUUUCGCUGAUAAUCAAGUCAUGCGCAAAUAUGGUUACGUGCACCCGGAUCUACUCGAUCACGCCGUUUCACCUCUUCCUUUUCAUUAUCCCCCUCCUUAGUUCAGGAUUGAGUUGAAUUAAUUGUAUUUUGAAAUAAAGUAAUCUUGGCGCUAAUUGGAAUCCCUGAACCAAAGCUUUGCCUUAAAAAGUGUACAAAAGUUUUGGAUAAGUUGUGCCCUAAGGAGGUCUCGCUAUGAUGUAAACGUUCACCUUUACAAUGUUAGCUAAAGAGGGGUGGAAAUGUCAAAAAGACCAACAGCAACCGCUGAACAGAUGAAGGAAGUGUGGUUUGUGCACACUGACAAGAUUUCGGCAUUACAUGCUUCGGGGCAAUCGGAUGAAAGGAUACCUUAUAUUAUAACAAUAUACGGGUAGGGUGCACAGUUACGUUGUCGAUUGUCGCUCAACCACCAUGAAUCCAUGAUCUUUAAAUUAUAUGAAUCUACGAAAGUCAAUCUACCCAAGCUUGUUUAUUAUUAUUUCCUGUAAUAUUGGUUCUGACAAAACAUGGCACUGGCUAAAAGAGCACUUUCCAUAUG